AGUUCGUGAACGAGAAGGCAGCGGGCUCCGGGCGACCACUCAAAAUGAGCAUCGGAGUCUUCUCCAACUACACGGGCAUUUCGACAGGCCGGUGGAAGCAGCUGUUUGCUCGGUUCGGCUUCUCCGAGUACGCCGUGAACGAGCACGUGACCGCGGAAGAGCAGGCUCUAGCCCUGGUGGCCUACCUGUCGCGUCCCAAGCAGAGCUUGGCCAUGCGGCGGGUGCUCGCCUGGAACGUCCUCCGCUACCUGGUCGGACCCAAGGCGGACGUCGUGGCCGCUCUAAACUGGACCCGGGGUGUAGAAGACGAUUCACCCAAGGACGCGGUUCGGCCAACGCCGGAGACGAAGUGUCAGCGACUGGUAGAGAGGCUGAGUAGUGUGCCGCACAGGGUCCUCGACUUAUUCGAAGGCAAGGAGGCAGUGCCCGCAGCGACCAUCUCGGACGUGACAGGCCUCAUGGCACAGCUUCAGGACGCCGUUGCGUCCAUCUUCAAACCCGGUGCACCGAACGGCAGCUCCAUGGCGGCAGAAGGGGACUCGGCGCCUUCUACAGCAGCCAGUUCUACUUCACAGAGCUCGGCUGGAACUACGUUUGAGGGAGCCGUGGGGGCCGGAGGAAGCUUCCCCCGGCGUUGGUUGCGCCGCCUCCGCGCAUGGCACGUCCUCCCUCCGCUGGCGCAGGCGCUGCUUCCGGCGAUGACGUCAACGGUCAGAGUUGACUCACCCACCACCUUCUUCCGGCCACCUUUCUACGUUCAGCGAGCACCGCCGGCAUACAACCUCGCCGCAGUGGGUCAGAUCAUCGCCCAGGCCCUGGCGCAUGAGCUGGUUGAGCAGCGCCAUGCCAAUCCAGCCGUCGGAGAGCGCUGGCGUAGCUUCUGGGAGAGCAACGACGCCGCCGACGACGACAGCAUGUACUGCCUGCACGCCGAUCACAACAAGAACGACACCUGGCGGCAACACAGACUCAACGAAAGCGAGCUCGCGGACAGGGCGAGCCUAGACGAAGUCCUGGGUUCCAGGAUAGCCUACUUGGCCUUCCAGAGAACCCGCCGUGCCAACGCCGGGGGUGGCCAUCCGACGGCGGAGCUGCCGGGAGUGAAUCUCUCGAGCAAGCAGUUGUUCUUCGUCAUGCACUGCGCACUCGGCUGCGCCAUGGGAGGGGACCGAGAUCCCGUCCGAAGCCCGGCUGACCACCACCAACGCUGCAUGGUCGUGUACCGGACGCGAAAGCGUCUGCUCGACCGACCCUGCGCACAGCUCGCUGGUGGAAGCGUUCCGAACGAUUGCCGCUACAUAUAAGCUGCGAUUAAAGACA